GCCUGGUUGACAAAUAAUGGCCAAAAUAAAAAAUGGCUUCUUUUUAACCGCUACGCAUAACCUCUAUUCAAUGUGUAACAUUUUAUAAUUGUUAUUUGUGUUCAGAUGAGAAUAAGGGAAUAAGUUUAUAAAUAAUUUACCAUGGCGGACGCAGCUGCCAGACAGUUGCAAUAUGAAUAUAAGGCGAAUUCAAAUCUCGUACUUCAAGCUGAUGUACGUCUGAUAGAGCGUCGCGGACGCGAUGAGGCGACAGGCGAGGUGCUGUCCUUGUCUGGCAAGCUCGGUGGGACAAGGAUGGGUGACCGAGCACAACGCACUAAGCCAGACAAAGCCGAGGAGAGGAAAGCUAAACGUCAGAAACGUGAUGAAGCUACAUAUGAACUAUCAAAAUCAAAGACAGCGCGUGCGGCUUGGGCUGAUGAUACACCAGGCGUGUUGUACCGUCCACGGACGCAGCACACACGUCAUGCAUACGAACUGCUACUAUCAUUCAUGCAGGGUACACUUGGUGAUCAGCCUAGAGGACUGCUUUGUGGGGCUUGUGAUGAGGUCCUAAUGGUACUUAAGAAUGACAGACUGAAAGAUCCGGAAAGAAAGAAAGAGAUAGAAGCACUUAUUGGUGCUUUACCAGAUGAAAGGUUUGCGUUACUCGUGAACCUUGGGAAGAAGAUAACUGACUUUAACAUAACAUCAGCGGAGGGUAAUACUGAGAUUGAUGAGACAUAUGGCAUUAAUGUACAGUUUGAGGAAUCCUCGGAGGAAGAUGAUGAAGAUGCAUAUGGAGAGGUGAGAGAUGAUGAUAAAGAGGAAGGGGAAGGUACAGACAAUGAGCAGGGGAAAGAGAGUAGUGCAGAAGAUGAUAGUGAUACUGAAGGAAAGAAGAACAGUAUACAUACUAAUCUAUCCGAAGAACAAACACAGAAGCGUCGCGAUGCCACACUCCAUCCAAUGGAUAUUGAUGCCUACUGGCUGCAGCGUCGUCUCUCCAGACACUUCCCUGAUGCCAUGCUGUCACAGGCUAAGUCCAGCGAGGUGAUGAAGGCUCUCGCGGAGGCAGCAGAUGAUAGAGAUCUAGAAAACAGACUAGUGCUUUUAUUGGGUUAUGAUUGCUUUGACUUUGUUAAAGUACUCAAUAAAUAUAGAUAUACAAUCCUAUACUGCACGAAGUUGGCAUCAUCACAAUCUGAGAACGAGAGGAUGAGCAUCCGCGAGGAGAUGUCCCGGCAGCCUCAUCUGCAGAAGAUACUGGCACAGCUGGAGACCGGCAAGGGAGAUGAGGAGAUGUCCCAGCAAUCAGAAGCACCACGUAAGCGUCAGAAGACGGAAACAGAGACUAUAGAAGGUGGUGGUCAAGUAACUGGUUCGAGGAAAGUAUUAGCACUGGAUGAGCUGGUGUUUGCAGCGGGAUCACAUUUUAUGGCUAACAAACGGUGUCAAUUACCACCCGGGUCAUUUAGGAAGCAAAGAAAGGGGUACGAAGAAGUACAUGUACCAGCGUUAAAACCCAAACCAUUUGAAGAGGACGAGAUUCUUAUGCCCGUGGAGAAGUUGCCUAAGUAUGUGCAACCGGCGUUUGAAGGAUUUAAAACUUUAAAUAGAAUACAGAGUCGUAUAUCAAAAGCAGCAUUAGAAAGUGAUGAAAAUCUCUUAGUAUGUGCUCCUACCGGCGCUGGUAAGACGAAUGUCGCGUUGUUGUGCGCACUUCGUGAAGUUGGUAAACACGUGAACGAUGACGGCACUGUCAGUGUUGCUGAUUUUAAGAUUAUUUAUGUGGCCCCCAUGAGAUCAUUGGUACAAGAAAUGGUGGGUAACUUCAGCAAGCGUCUCGCAGCGUACAACAUGAAGGUGUCAGAAUUGACUGGUGACCAUCAGCUGACGAGGGAGCAGAUUGAUGCAACUCAAUUGAUUGUCUGUACGCCGGAGAAAUGGGAUAUUAUUACUAGGAAAGGUGGUGAAAGAUCGUUCACAAAUCUAGUACGUCUGAUAAUUAUCGAUGAAGUACAUUUACUGCACGAUGAGAGAGGACCCGUACUUGAAGCGCUUGUUGCCCGGACGUUACGUACUGUUGAACAUACACAGGAACAGGUCCGUCUCGUCGGUUUGUCCGCUACGCUGCCUAAUUACUCAGAUGUCGCUGCCUUCCUGCGUGUGCGACCAGAAAAGGGACUAUUUUAUUUUGACAACUCUUUCAGGCCAGUAGCACUGGAACAACAGUACAUUGGUGUGACUGAGAAGAAAGCGCUCAAGAGGUUCCAAGUUAUGAAUGAUAUCGUAUACGAAAAGACUAUGGAGCAUGCUGGGAAGAACCAGAUCCUGGUGUUUGUCCAUUCUCGAAAAGAGACGGGAAAAACUGCGCGUGCGAUACGAGACAUGUGCUUAGAAAAGGAUACAUUGGGACAGUUUCUAAGAGAGGGGUCAGCGAGUGUGGAAGUAUUGCGUUCGGAAGCCGAGCAGGUGAAGAAUCCGGAAUUACGUGAAUUAUUGCCUUACGGCUUCGCUAUACAUCACGCGGGUAUGAGCAGAGUUGAUAGGACUCUGGUUGAAGAUUUGUUCGCUGAUAGACAUAUACAGGUGUUAGUGUCAACGGCGACUCUCGCCUGGGGUGUGAAUCUUCCAGCACAUACUGUGAUUGUGAAGGGAACUCAAGUAUAUUCACCAGACAAAGGUCGCUGGAGUGAACUGGGCGCGUUAGAUGUACUACAAAUGUUGGGUCGUGCUGGAAGACCACAAUACGAUACUAAGGGAGAGGGUAUCCUGAUAACAAAUCACUCUGAGCUGCAGUACUACUUGUCGUUACUGAAUCAGCAGCUGCCGAUAGAAUCGCAGCUCGUGAGCAAGUUGCCGGACAUGCUCAAUGCGGAGAUUGUGCUCGGAUCUGUGCAGAGCGUGCGCGACGCUGUCACAUGGCUAGGUUACACAUAUCUGUAUGUCCGUAUGUUACGAGCUCCAUCAUUAUAUGGUAUAUCAUCAGAUAAGAUGCAAGAGGAUACAUUGCUGGAGUUACAUCGAGCUGAUCUUAUACAUACCGCUGCAUCAUUACUUGAUAAGGCCGGAUUAAUAAAAUACGAACGUAAAUCAGGACACUUUCAACCUACAGAACUUGGUCGUAUCGCAUCACACUAUUAUUGUACAUAUGAGACAAUGCAAUCAUAUAAUCAAUUACUGAAGCCCACUUUGGGAGAGAUUGAACUGUUCCGUGUCUUCUCAUUGUCAGCUGAAUUCAAACAUAUCGCUGUAAGAGAUGAGGAGAAGUUGGAAUUACAUAAGUUGAUGGAGAGGGUUCCUAUUCCAAUAAAAGAAAGCAUUGAAGAGCCAUCAGCAAAAAUCAAUGUGUUACUCCAAGCUUAUAUAUCACAAUUGAAGUUGGAAGGUUUUGCUCUGAUGGCUGACAUGGUAUACGUCACCCAGUCAGCGUGUCGAUUGCUAAGAGCUAUAUUUGAAAUUGUACUACAUAGAGGGUGGGCGCAGUUAGUAGAUAAAACUCUGGCGCUUUGCAAAAUGGUUGAUCGUCGUAUGUGGCAGUCAAUGUCACCUUUAAGACAAUUCAGAAAGAUGCCGGAAGAAGUAAUAAAGAAACUAGAAAAAAAGAACUUCCCAUGGGAGAAAUUAUAUGAAUUAGGACCUAACGAGAUUGGUGAAUUAGUACGAGCCCCGAAACUUGGCAAAAUGAUACACAAAUACGUGCAUCAGUUCCCAAGACUGGAACUGGCGACACAUAUACAACCAAUCACCAGGUCAACCCUCAGAGUGGAGCUGACCAUCACACCUGACUUCCAAUGGGAUGAGAAGAUACACGGUCAAUCGGAGGCAUUCUGGGUGCUCGUGGAGGAUGUGGACUCAGAGGUGGUGUUGCAUCAUGAAUAUUUUCUACUAAAACACAAAUAUUGCCGCGAUGAGCAACAUGUGAAAUUGUUUGUACCAGUGUUUGAACCACUGCCGCCGCAAUACUUCCUGCGCGUUGUCUCAGACCGUUGGAUAGGUGCAGAGACACAACUUCCAGUUUCAUUCCGUCACCUCAUCUUACCAGAGAAGAACUUACCGCCCACGGAAUUGCUGGAUCUACAACCACUGCCGGUUACAGCGCUGCGCAAUAGUACAUACGAAGCUUUGUACAGUGACACAUUCCCACAGUUCAAUCCUGUACAGACUCAGGUAUUCAAUGCUGUAUACAAUUCAGAUGACAACGUAUUUGUUGGUGCCCCCUCAGGGUCGGGCAAAUCUGUUAUAGCGGAACUUGCACUACUACGGUUAUUGUCAAGCAACGCCGGCGGGCGGGCAGUGUAUCUCCUGCCUAAAGAUGCAUUAGCUGAUAUUGUGUUCGCGGAUUGGUAUCACAAGUUUGGUACUAAGUUUAAUUUGAAGGUGGUACAACUAACUGGGGAGACGGCGACUGAUCACAAGUUACUAAACAAGGGUCAAAUCAUCAUCACCACAGCGGAGAAAUGGGACGUACUUUCUAGAAGAUGGAAGGUGCGCAAGAGUGUUCAGAACGUGUCUCUAGUGAUAGUUGAUGCGCUGCAGCUGCUCGGCGGUGAGGAAGGACCAGUGCUCGAGGUGGUUUGCUCCAGGAUGCGGUACAUCAGCUCACAGAUAGGUCGUCCAAUCCGUAUAGUGGCAUUAUCUCUGCCGUUGGCGGACGCUCGUGAUGUAUCGCAGUGGCUUGGUUGCAACUCAAACGCGUCUUUCAACUUCCAUCCAAGCGUGAGACCGCUACCACUAGAACUGCAUAUACAGGGCUUCAACAUAUCCCACGCCGCGUCACGUCUCGCUGCAAUGACGAAACCUAUCUACAACGCCAUCUGUCGAUUUGCGGGAACAAAACCGUGUGCAGUGUUCGUACCAUCAAGACGUCACGCAAGAUUACUAGCUGCUGAUUUACUGGCGCUGGCAGCAGCUGCUGGACGAACUGGCAGGUUCCUGAGAGCCAGACAGGAUCUGGUGAAGCCGUUCCUUGAUAGAGUUAAAGAUAAGAUGCUAAAAGAAACUCUGUCAGCCGGAGUAGCAUACCUACACGAGGGUGUAGAACCUUCAGACAGACGUCUGGUGCAGCAGCUGCUGGAAUCUGGAGCGGCGCAGCUGUGUGUGGUAGCUGCAGAACUGGCAUGGGCUUUUGCGGCCCAUGUCCAUACUGUGAUCGUAGCUGAUACACACGUAUACAACGGCAAAUUGCAUUCCUACGAGCAAUAUCCAAUAACAACAGUGCUGCAGAUGUUGGGACGCGCGUGCCGUCCGCUGGAAGACGACAGAGCGGUCGCAGUGUUGAUGUGCGCUGCACACCACAAGACAUUCUUCACUAAGCUAUUGAAUGAUUGUUUACCACUAGAGAGUCACUUAGACCAUAGACUACACGACCACAUGAACGCGGAGAUCGUGACAAAGACCAUAGAGAACAAGCAGGACGCUGUCGACUACCUCACCUGGACCUUCCUCUACAGGCGAUUGACGCAGAAUCCUAACUACUAUAACUUGCAAGGAGUCACACACAGACAUCUGUCCGAUCAUCUAUCGGAGUUAGUAGAAACAACUCUAUCAGAACUGGAGCAAUCUAAAUGUAUCGCGAUUGAAGAUGAGAUGGAUGUACGUCCUCUCAACCUCGGCAUGAUCGCCUCUUACUAUUACAUCAAUUAUACUACUAUAGAACUGUUCAGCUUGUCACUCACCAGUAAGACAAAGAUACGUGGUCUCCUGGAGAUCAUAUCCUCGGCAGCGGAGUACUCGGACCUCUGUAUCCGGCAUCGAGAGGAGAACAUCAUCAAGACUUUGGCUGCUAAAGUGCCGCACAAGCCGGCAGCGGGUGCGGGCGCGGCUCCCGGGGCCACAGUACGUUACAAUGAUCCACACGUGAAAGCGCACGUGUUACUGCAAGCACAUCUCUCACGUAUGCAGCUUCCCGCCGAAUUGCAAGCUGAUACAGCUAUUGUUCUUACUAAGGCGAUCCGUCUUAUCCAAGCGUGUGUAGACGUGGUAUCAAGUAGUGGAUGGCUGGCGCCCGGCGUGGCCGCCAUGGAGCUGGCACAGAUGGUGACGCAGGCGAUGUGGGCAAAGGAUUCGUAUCUACGUCAACUGCCGCACUUCACACAGGAGAUGGUGCAGAGAUGCUCAGAGAAGGGUGUGGAGACAGUGUUUGAUGUGAUGGAAUUAGAAGACAAUGCAAGAGCCAAGCUGCUGCAGCUCUCACCAACUGAGAUGGCGGAUGUAGCGAGAUUCUGCAACCGUUAUCCCAAUGUUGAACUUACUUACGAGGUUAAGAACGAACGUCGUCUACGCGUAGGCAAGCCGAUAGUGGUUGAAGUAUCAUUGGAAAGAGAAGACGAAAUCAUUGGACCUGUUAUUGCGCCCUUCUUCCCGCAGAAACGCGAGGAAGGCUGGUGGGUUGUCAUCGGGGAACCUAAAAGUAACAGCUUACUGUCCAUCAAACGCGUCUCGCUAGGGCGCUCUGCCCGGCUGCGGCUGGACUUCGUGAGCGGAGCACCCGGCAGGCACACUUAUACGUUAUACUUCAUGUCAGACUCAUAUCUAGGCGCUGAUCAGGAGUACAAGUUUACUGUAGACGUGGAUGAUGCUCCGCAAACUGAUUCCAGCGAUUCAGAAUAGUGGCAACACUAAAUAUUUUAAUGGUAUGUGGCAACCCUAAUUUUAAAAAUGUUGUGACAACCCUAGAAAUUGUAUAAGAUGGUUUUUGGCAACCCUAAUUGCAAUACGUGACAACCCUAGAAAUUACGUAAGGUGGUUUUUGUCAACCCUAAUUGCAAUUAUUUGUGACAACCCUAAGUAUAGAAAUUAAGAAAUAAAAAAGAUAUUCAUACAAUA